AUGAAUACAAAUGGAGAUAAUCAUAUAAUGUCGAAAUCACAUAUAGAGACGUAUGAACCAGAAAAUACAAAUUAUAUGAAGUAUAAUAGUUUACAGAGAAAAUCUUUAGAUAGAAAUUCAAUGACUACUGAUUAUAAUAGGUUUAAUACAGUUAAAACAAGUAUGGAAUUGAAUUCAUUGCCAAUGGAGUAUUCACCUUUUAAUAAUAAAGAUAAUCAAUCAUCAGUGCGUCACGAUGGACAGCGUCUUAUACAAGAUUUCGAUUUCAAUUUAUUACCUGAUCAUUUGACUCUGAAUGGUCAGCUAAAUCAAACAUCGAUAAAUAACACCACGGUCAAUCAAAUAUCAAAUAUUUAUUCAACAGGAUCUCAUAAUGAUGACAUUAGCAAUGAUAAUUCUCAGUUUAGAAAUACAAAACAUUCAUUAAAACAAGAGAAUAUUCAUCAAUCCCCAUCACCUUACAAAAUACCGAUUUAUUGUUUAAUAACUACAAUUCUACAAUGA